UUCUUGACACACAUGUAAAUAUUCAGUCCAAACCAGCUUCUACUUUUCUCUUUCUCUUUCUCUCUCCGAACCGAACCGGGUCAUGCAGCUCAAGUCCUGCUGUAUUUACAGCACCGGAGUGUUGUGUAUUCUGCUGUUGAUCGCCGGGAUCGCGAUGGUUCUGACGCAGGUCUUUCAAAAUCUCUUAAACAACAGAAUAAAGAAGGAAGUAGUUCUGGAAAAUGGAACAGAAGCAUUUUCAGUGUGGCAAAACCCUCCACCACCCGUUUACAUGCAGUUUUACUUCUUCAAUCUAACAAAUCCCACUGAGGUUCUGGAUGGAGACAAACCCUCCGUCAUACAGAUCGGACCGUACACAUACAGGGAGUAUCGGCCAAUGGAGGAAGUGAAAUUUCUGGAGAACGGAACUAAAGUGGCGGCUGUCAAUCCAAAGACGUACGUUUUUGAGCCAAAAAUGUCAUGCGGCUCGGAGGAUGACAUCGUUCGAACCACCAACAUCCCUGCUGUGACAGUGAUGGAUAGAUACAAAGAUAACCCCAUCAUCAACCGUGUCAUCUCUGACCUGAUGAAGUCCAUGAGUAUCGGCGUGUUUGGGACGUUCAGAGUCGGUGAUCUGCUUUGGGGUUAUGAAGAUCCACUACUGAAAGCUCUUAAACCGUUUGUGUCGGAUGACCACUUCGGACUUUUCUACAAGAAAAACAGCACAGAUGGUGAUGAAUAUGUGCUUUUCACGGGGAGGCAGAACUAUCAGGACUUUGCUCGUAUAGACGAGUGGAAUGGACAGAGUUCAUUAAACUGGUGGAGUACAGAUGAGUGUAACAUGAUCAACGGCACAGAUGGAGCAUCCUUCCAUCCGGUCAUCACAAAAGCAGAAAAACUCUAUAUAUUCUCAUCUGAUCUGUGCAGGUCUCUGUAUGCCUUGUACGAGUCUGACGUGAGCGUUCAAGGGAUUCCCGGUUUCCGUUUUGUUCCCCCCAGCGAGGUUUUCGCUAAUCUUACGAUUAACCCAGAUAACGCAGGGUUCUGUGUGCCGGCCGGUAACUGUCUGGGUUCCGGUCUUCUGAACGUCAGCGCUUGUAAAGAGGGAGCGCCCAUCAUCAUGUCAUCACCUCAUUUUUAUCAGGCGGAUGAGAAGUUUGUCCAAGACAUUUUCGGAAUGAACCCGAGGAAGGAGGAGCACGAAACGGCCAUCGACAUCAACCCACUCACUGGUCUUGUGCUUCAGGCAGCGAAGCGUCUUCAGGUAAACAUGUAUCUGCAGCAGAUUCCGGCAUUCAGUCAAACUAGGAAUAUCAGGACGUUGGUGUAUCCAGUGAUGUACAUCAAUGAGAGUGUCGUUAUCGAUGAAGAAUCUGCCAAGAAUCUGCAAGCAGUCGUUACCAUGGCGAAUGUGGUCAUCAACAUCCCCUUCAUCGUGAUUGCCGUAGGCAUCUUACUGGGCGUGGCCUUUAUAGUGCUCAUGUGCCGACAGCAAGUGCCAGAGAGUUCUGCAGCAGAACGGCAGCCCCUGCUUGUGUCGUAAUCUCACAGGAUGUACAGCAGAAUAUCACGAUGAACUAACAUUCGUUUAGACGUUGAGGUAGAUCGCUUUUUCACAGCAAGAGUCACUGGCAUCGAUGCAUGCAGCAGACAACUCAAAGUGCAAAGUUUGUCUUUAAAAUGUAAUCAAAACGUAGAGUAAUAAAACAUGUAUCAUACUAAUAAGACACUAAUGGGGUGAAAGCAUGUGUGAUGUAAUAAAUAUUACACAUCACUGGGUGGAACUGUGACAACAACUCUAUAAAGAUACUUACACAAUUCUUCAAUGAUGACGCCAAGAGCUCGUAUGCCACAUAAACUGACAGCGGUUGGAAAAAAUGAUAGUUUCAGCAUUUCAGCACUAAUGUACAUUUUAGUCUGCUUCAUAUGAGUGCGACUUUACUGCCUAUUUUAAAGAGAAUUAUGUGCCACAUCGUCAAGUUUUUUUAAAUCACUAACACUGACCAAAGUGUCGCUAUUGUUGGUUUGGUGCCAUGAUGUAUUUACACUGAAAAGAAGGUUGUUUUUGUGUUCUCUUUUGCCAGAUAAGAGUUGUUUUUUCUUUGGUGUAAACUAAGAUUUAAAGAUUUGUGGUGCAUCUACUCUACAGAGUGUAUCAGUAAUGUUUUAUGACACUUUAUUAUGUGUUUGUGACAUUUCAGUGAAAGAAGUUAAAGCCAUAACCACUGAUCCCUCUGGCAAAACGUUAUAUAAACUCUUAAAUGUCUGUAUUGAAAAAACUAAAUGUGUAAUAAAUCUCUGUGCAUAAUACAGAGGUUCUUAAUAUUUAUCCCAUGCAGUAUUACAUUAGCAUUAUGUUAAACUGAUGCAGUUUACAACAUCUCAACAUAUUCUGUCUUUUCAUUGACAUGCACUGAUUGAUGGAUCGGAUGGAUCGUUAUUGGAUGGUUCUUCAACUUCAAAGACCAUUUAGAAUACACACAAUUAAAAUAAUAAUAAUAUUAGUUCAGUAUUAUAUAUUAUUAAUAAUAUUAAUCAAUAAUAUUUGUAUACUUUUUAUUGCAGAAUUUGGCAAAAUUACAGCUUGAUUGGACGGACACUUUUCUCCACUUGGUAAAAACGUACACUAACUUUAAAAAAAAAAAAAAAAAAAAAAAAAAAUUAUUAGGUUACAAAAUUGUUUGGUGUUGUGGAAAUGAUCGUAAUUUUGAAAAAUGAAUAGAAAUGAUUUUCACACAAUAAUUAAUGAUAUUGUUUGUUUACUUCACCCUUUGUUUAGAUGAUCAUAGUUUUAAACAUGUAAUAAUUAGAUUUUUUUUAUUUUUAGUUAUUAUUGAAAUUCUGGGUCUGGUUAAAACAGUCAAACCUAUACAUAAAAGACAUUUGAAAAGUACCAAACAUAAAUGAUCCGUUUUAUUGAGACCUUCAUAUAAAGUUGAAAUCUGUUUGUUUUAAUAAAAAGAAACCCCUUGGA